AUGGCGCUGCUGGCGGAGCACCUGCUGAGGCCCCUGCCUGCGGACAAGCAGAUCGAGACGGGGCCCUUCCUGGAGGCGGUGUCCCACCUGCCGCCCUUCUUCGAUUGCCUCGGCUCCCCAGUGUUUACUCCCAUCAAGGCGGACAUAAGUGGCAACAUCACCAAAAUCAAAGCUGUCUAUGACACCAACCCGACCAAGUUCCGGACCCUGCAGAACAUCCUGGAGGUGGAGAAGGAAAUGUACGGGGCUGAGUGGCCCAAAGUGGGGGCCACGCUGGCACUCAUGUGGCUGAAGAGGGGCCUGCGCUUCAUCCAGGUCUUCCUCCAGAGCAUCUGCGACGGCGAGCGGGACGAGAGCCACCCGAACCUCAUCCGCGUCAACGCCACCAAGGCCUACGAGAUGGCCCUCAAAAAGUACCACGGCUGGAUUGUGCAGAAGAUCUUCCAGGCAGCACUGUACGCGGCCCCCUAUAAGUCCGACUUCCUCAAAGCGCUCUCCAAGGGCCAGAAUGUGACAGAGGAGGAAUGCCUGGAGAAGAUCCGCCUCUUCCUGGUCAAUUACACGGCCACCAUCGACGUCAUCUAUGAGAUGUACACCAGGAUGAACGCCGAGCUCAACUACAAGGUGUAG